AUGAAGCGCCCACAAGAUGUCCCGGAGCCAUCCUCAUUGGUCUCACUCCCGAAACGCACCAGGAUUCCUCCCUCAAGCUUGAGAUCGAGCUCCGAUAGCGUCGCGCCGUCUUCGAUAACCACAUCGAAUGAUCUGUCGGAAGAAACUACCGGUGAUGGUGAUGGUGACGGCGACGAGGACGACGAGGACGACUACACGAGCAGCGAAGGCAGCACCUCUUCCUCCGAGAGCGAGAGCAAUGCCGACGAUGAAGAUCUGGAUCAUCACGAUGAUGUUGUCGGGUCCCCUGAAGAGGAGUCUACAUCAAUAACGAAUGUUGUUCCUAGCCGGUCAAAACCUUCAAUCGGUCGCAUCACUCUAGACUCGGACAUUCUCGCCCGUGUUUCUUCUUUUCUACCGCAAUUGCGGAGCGCCAACGAGGCGUUACAGAAAGACAUUGCGGCAGGGAAAUCCAAAGAUAUUCUUCUGGAUGAGGCCGGCGAGGAGGAGGGUCAAUAUAUAGAAAUGAACCUCGGCCUAGGUGUCUUGGAAGAGACCCAGAGCAAUGACGAUCACGAAAACAGUUCAUCUCCUGAUCUAGACAGAGAGACAGAGUCUGCAACAACGAAGCAGACUACGGAUGCAAAAGAAUCGCAUAUCAUGGAUAGUUUGAUGGGUCACAAGGAAGAGAAACCAACCAAACCGACGAUUGAAGAGAUGGAAGAAUGA